UUCGUUUGUGAAUCAUACAUCACUGUUUUUUUCUGUGGGACCGAAAACAUCGCAGGUUUUUUUUUUUUAAACAGCUUUCUGUUUGUAUAGUGACUAUUUUUUGACAUAAAAAAAAUGAAAAGCCGUUCUGUUUACAGCAGAUGAGCGAAUAAUAAAUCUUGAAAGAAGGGCGAGACUUUGGGGGAUUUUGACAGAAUGGCUAGCUGUGGAGAGGUCAAUCACUCCAUUGACGCACUGACCUCGGGUAAAAAAGUGGCCGGCGUAAGAGACGGCAGUGGAAGCCCCUCCCCCUCUCCUCCCCCUUCACUUCCUGUACCGGAGUGCGCUAUAUGUCUGCAGAGUUGUGUCCACCCUGUGCGCCUUCCCUGCGGCCACGUCUUCUGCUUCCUGUGUGUGAAGGGCGCAUCCUGGCACAGCAAGCGCUGCGCACUCUGCAGACAGGAAGUGCCUGAGGACUUCCUGGACCGUCCCACGCUGCUUUCUCCAGAGGAGCUGAAGGCCACGGCGACAGGGGGGCGGAGCUUAGGUGGGCAUGCCUGGUACUAUGAAGGAUGCAACGGUUGGUGGCAGUAUGACGAACGCACUAGUCGCGAGCUGGAGGAGGCAUACCGCGAGGGGAAGAAGAGCGCAGAGAUGCUGAUCGCCGGCUUCCUUUACGUGGCUGACCUGGAGAACAUGGUGCAGUACCGACGCAACGAGCACGGCCGGCGCCGGAGAAUGAAGCGUGAUGCUGUGAAUGUUCCUAAAAAGGGCGUGGCUGGACUAAGGCUGGACCCAGAACCCCCGACUGGAUCUGGGUCUAACUCUGUUCCUGGAUCCGGACCAGUUUCUCCUGCGUUUCCUGUCCCUGGACCAACAGAUUCGGAUGUAAACUCAGAUGGAGGGGUAACAGAGAGCGAUGUCAGAGAGACAGACGUCCGGACAGAGAGACGGCUGAGAGAGAGACCGAGAGACAGAGUGUCUCCGGGGUCCACUGAUCCUACAGCCGCCGCUUUGUCACCAGGUUCAGAAGUCGCAACAUCGGAGAGGGAGAACUCUGCGGACGGAGCCGAUAUAAGUGGAGCCAUUCGCUUUCAGGCUACGUCCGCCCCGCCCCCAAUCCGUCCUCCCGUCAUGCUGGGAGGCGACCGCGACCUUCAUCAUCAUCCUCAACUCAUCCAAGCAAUUGCGCAGCUCCACAUCGGCCGAUCCGCACCCGAGGAGGAAGAGGAACAGGAAGUGGACGACGAUAACGAAGAAGAUUCGGUGACUGCACCCGAUCCGUCCGGAUACGAAUCAGAUACCGGAACGAGCGAAGAUGAGGAAGGAGAAAAUGAUGAUGAAGGCAGGAGGCACAGACUGCAGAGAAUGAACGUCGGAGUUCGGUCCCGCAGCCCUGACGGCCAGUGCACGGUGACGGAGGUGUAGCUGUGGACCUGUGAACAUGUGGUGUAGAGCUUGAGGGGCAGGACAUGCACUUCUGUCUUAAAUGUCUUUUUUUUUUCUGUACAAACCUUUGUCUGUAUCCCAAACUCUAACAUGUGGAAAGAACAUCUGGUUCAUUUUGGUGACGUGUCACAGAAAAACAAAACGAGAAAUUUCGCCAUUGAAAAUUGAAGCUAGCUAAUCGACUAAUUAGAAAUCCGCCGCCUGUCUAUAGAGUAAACACGCGCACGCAGAACUCAAGACUACGAGCUCCAGCUACUUCUGGACUGCCUUAUUGUAACUCGCUGGCUGCAGGUUCUCAGUGUUAACUGCUUCUGGUGCAUUGUGGGUAAUACUUGCGUUUGCUGAGCCACCGAGAACAGCACAAGAAAAAUGACGUAACCACUAUUGUGAAGUAAAUCUGUAUAUUCUGGCAUUAAAAAGAAUAAUUAAUAAAUAAAUAAACAGCUUGUGUGAGAACACUAAGAGCGUUUAGAGUUUGGGACGGAGCUUCUGUGUUCAUCUGAGUUUUACUGACCUGCAUCAUACCUGUGUGAUACAUAAACGUGUGUAGAUACGGACAGACGGAAACCCAGAGUCACACACACACAGACACGGACGAGUGGAACCGAACAAGCAAAAAAUGAUGUGUGGGGGUGUGUUGCAUUGUCUGAAUGUCGUGUUUUUUUUUUUUUCUUCCUCCCUUCAUCCUGUCUUUCUUUAGCAGGUGAAUGAGUAAUGUAGACUUGACCUUCUUUCCUUUUCCUCCCACACUCAAAGCUGAGCUCCAAAAAUCUGUCCCUUGUGUAUUUGUCCUUUGCUUUACUUUAUAGAGCUCUCUCUCUCUCUCUCUCUCUCUCUCUCUCUCUCUCUCUCUCUCUCUCUCUCUCUGUCUCUUUGUCUUGCUCUUUGUUUUCUCACUGUGCCAGGCUGUCUCUGUCUCUCUCUCACACACAGUCAUUGUCUCUCUCUAACAGGACCCAACUCGGUGUUUCAUCACAUUUUAGUAGAACCACAACUGUGUGUGUGUGUGUGUGUGUGUGUGUGUGUGUGCACUAGUUCUAUGUCUCAUAUCUCAUCAGAGUUUAUCACGUAUAACUGCGAUGCGUUUGAAGGAAGUGUCGUGCCCCAGGCUGAGACGCUGUGAAUUCUGGGAAGUGGUGUUUUAUUGGAGGAUUUUAUUGUAGUUCUUCUUCAGCGUCCGGUUCUGAGAUUUUAAUCACUGUUUGCUUUUCUCCUGUCAGUUUAUUUGGGAUUUUAAGUUUAUCAUCAAACAGAAAGAAAAGAUUCUAACUUCUUUUGCUGUACCUUGUUUUAAUGGUGGUGUAAUUUCUUUUGUUACAAAGUCGAUCGCAUUAAUAAAGUGUUGUCUUAUUUGUCUGAAA